AUGCAGAAGGUUACUUCAGUAUAUAAAAAAGAAGCCUACGAAGUGGACGAGUGUCUUGCAAAGGUGUUCCAGUUAAGGUGGACAGUUGUGAGUCAGAUUUUGAAUAAGAAAGAAAGCGAUAGACAUCCAGUUGCAACAAUAAGGUGUCCGGAACAGAAGGUUUUCCAGGUGUCCCCAGAAGUUAUACUGUUCAUGAACAAAACCAUAAAGUCAGUGUCGAUAGCAAUCGCCAUCAUGGUUUGGUAUGGAUGA